AUGUGGUCAAAUGGAGACGGGCGCCAAAGCAUGCUUAGAAAUCUCCGCGACACUUGUGAGCAAGACGAUGGCAUGAAUGGCUAUGGAUGGACACAGUACGACACCCGGACAGGAGGCAGUCAGACCAUCUACGACAGCAAACUGCACAUUGAUUUGACUACAGAAUUUUUCAAGUCCGGCGAUGGGCUCGGCUGGGUGGUCCGCGUGUCCGGCACUCCAAGGUCAGGUGCCCCGGCAGAUUUGAAGACGGCGCUCGUCUGGCAUAUCGCUCUCGAGGGAGCAGAAAGCAUGCCGAAUCAGGGGAACCUGAAUUGCACAGCCGCAAAGGGACACCAGGCGGGAGCCAAUUGCUUCGGAACGGCCCCUGGACUGGGUCCCUUUGAGCUUCAUCAGCUAAGUAAUACAGGAAAUGCGUUCCACGAGGGUACUGCUGUAAAGAGUGUGACGGUAACAGAGGACAAGAUAUGGAAAGCAAAGUCGGUGUAUAUGGAUGUCAUCAAGGCCGCCUCUGGAAAGGCGCUCCUCGUUAAUGAGCCCGGCAAUGGCAACAUGCACUUCAUUCAGGUCAUUCUGGAGGGUCCCUUUUCGAUUGACUUUACCUUCCGCUCAAAUCAGAGCCAACUUGUGACAUCCGAUGACUUUAGCUCUAAAUCAAACGCUUUCUACUCCUCAUUUCCGGACCAGAUUGACACUGUGUUUCCAAGGUCUUCCCCGUAUCAGGAUCAGAAGUACAGAAGCUUCAUUUCAUCGUUACUAUCAAAUCUUUUAGGCGGUCAAGGCUUCUUCUAUGGCGACACUCGAGUAGACUAUUCUCAUGAUACAGCAUACGAAGAAACGUCUCUCGACUUCUGGGUUCAGGCCGAGGCUGCCAUGAAGCGGGCGACCGUCACAAAUACGCCACCGUCGACUCUGUUGUCACAUGUGCCCUCAAGACCUUUCUUCCCCCGGGGCUUCCUGUGGGAUGAGGGUUUUCAUUUGCUCCCUAUCAUCGAAUGGGAUAUGGAUCUUGCUGUUUCAAGUCUCCAAAGUUGGCUCAGCCGGAUGGACAACGAUGGGUGGAUUGAGCGAGAACAAAUUCUGGGCGAGGAGGCACGAAGCAAAGUCCCCAAGAAAUUCCAGACUCAAUACCCCCAUUACGCCAAUCCUCCAACCCUGGCGUUACUCCUGCCAAAAAUCAUUUCCAAGAUGACCAACGAGUCAGAAUAUCGAGGCCACGAAUCCAUUUACGUGACAAACCUGGACGAAGCAAGAAGACUAUUGCAACAAUUAUUUCCGCUAUUCAAAAGACAAUACGAAUGGUUCCGUCGAACACAAGCCGGCAAUUUCUCAGCAUACCCUCGCCCCUUCAAUAGCAACGAGGAGGGCUACCGGUGGAGGGGCCGUUCUCCUGGUCAUACGCUUACCAGCGGGCUUGAUGAUUACCCACGGGCCGAGCCCCCUCAUCCGGGAGAGCUUCAUUUAGAUGCUCUUGCCUGGGUUGGUGCUAUGGCCAGCGCUCUCGAGAUAGCGGCCAAGUAUCUGGGCGAGGAUGCCAGUACAUAUACCGAACAACUGGAGAAUAUACGUCAUAGCCUUGAUACGAUCCAUUGGAACAAGUCGGCGUUAGCGUAUUGUGAUGCGACUAUCGGAACCGACGGUAGUUUUCAGCAUAUUUGCCAUUUAGGAUACAUGUCACUCAUGCCUCUAUUGCUUGGCCAUCUGAAUAGCACGCAUGAGAAGCUGACAGCGGUAUUGGAUCUGGUGGCUGAACCUAACAAGCUCUGGUCGCCGCAUGGCUUGCGCAGUUUAAGCGCCGACGAUGCAAACUACCAUACGGAUGAGGACUAUUGGCGGGGAGCCGUCUGGAUGAAUAUAAAUGUGCUCGCCGUGCUGCGCCUUCGAGACAUUGGGCAGGACGACAACGCUCAGGGAGUACGCGCACGACGUCUCGCAGCAGAUCUGAGGACUCGUGUCAUUGACACCGUCUGCAGAAGCUGGGAGAAGACCGGCUUUGUCUGGGAGCAAUACAACGACCAAACAGGAGAAGGACAGAGGAGCCGAGCAUUCACAGGAUGGACAGCAAGUAUCAUACUGUUGAUGGGAUUGGACGACAUUGCGACUGACAGUCUAGAUGGAUCUUCACGGGCUGGGAUUUUCGGCUGGUCUUCAAUGUCAGCUAUGCUAUUUAUUACAGGGCUGGUGUUCUUGGCCAUGUUCAGACGCCAAUUAUUGGGGUUUUGUAAACGAGUAGGCCCAGGGCUCUUGAAAAGGGUGCAGAUGUUUCCAAUCAAAAGGGCUUACCAAGAGGUUGUAGACCUCGAUGAGUUGGAGCGUCCUGAUCACCCACGAGCGAGCUAG